CGAGCACCUGGGCCGCCUCCGAUCGCCGGGCGCCCCUCCUCCGGCCCUGAGUCACGGCGCCGGAGUCCCCACGCGGAGAUGCGGUGAGUGAGGCCGGGACGCCGCGGGCCCUGGGGCGCAGCGUUGGGCUCUGGGCCGCCCAGUGGCGGCGCACGGAAAGCUGGGCCGGCAGCCGCGCUCGCCUCCCGGCCCGGACGCCGCAGACCGGCUCCUUCUCGGCGGGCGGCAGCCGGUCUGAGCCGCGCGUCCUCCCCGCGCCCGCCCGCCCUCCAUGGCGUUUAUCCGGAAGAAGCAGCAGGAGCAGCAGCUGCAGCUCUACUCCAAAGAGAGAUUUUCCUUACUCCUGCUGAACUUGGAGGAAUACUACUUUGAACAGCACGCAGCUCAUCAUGUUCAGCAUAAGGGCAGUCAGAAUGAAAGGAGAAUCAGGGGCUCCUUAAAAAUAUGUUCAAAAUCAGUUAUUUUUGAACCAGAUACAAUAUCCCAGCCCAUCAUUAAGAUUCCGUUGAGAGACUGUAUGAAAAUAGGGAAACAUGGAGAAAACGGAGCCAAUAGACACUUUGCAAAGGCAAAAUCUGGGGGGAUUUCACUCAUUUUCAGUCAGGUAUAUUUCAUUAAAGAACACAACAUUGUUGCACCAUAUAAAAUAGAAAGAGGCAAAAUGGAAUAUGUCUUUGAAUUGGAUGUUUCAGGGAAAGUGGACGAUGUUGUGGAGACGUUGCUUCAGCUUCACAGAGCAUCCUGCCUGGACAAACUAGGGGACCAAACUGCUAUGAUAACAGCUAUUUUGCAAUCACGUUUGGCUAGAACAUCGUUUGACAAAAACAGAUUCCAAAAUGUUUCUGAAAAGCUGCACAUGGAAUGCAAGGCAGAAAUGGUGACCCCUCUGGUGACCAAUCCCGGACACGUGUGCAUCACUGACACAAGCCUGUACUUUCAGCCCCUCAAUGGGUACCCGAAACCUGUGGUCCAAAUAACACUCCAGGAUGUCCGCCGCAUUUACAAACGGCGGCACGGGCUCAUGCCUUUGGGCUUGGAAGUGUUUUGCACAGAAGAUGAUCUGUGUUCGGACAUCUACCUAAAGUUCUAUGACCCUCAAGAUAGAGAUGACCUCUAUUUUUAUAUCGCCACAUAUCUAGAGCACCACGUCGCGGAGCGCACGGCCGAGAGCUACACGCUGCAGUGGCAGCGGGGCCACCUCUCCAACUACCAGUACCUGCUGCACCUCAACAACCUGGCCGACCGCAGCUGCAGCGACCUGUCCCAGUACCCCGUGUUCCCCUGGGUGCUGCACGACUUCUCCAGUGCAGAGCUGGAUUUGUCAAACCCGGAAACCUUCCGGGACCUUAGUAAGCCAGUUGGAGCCCUAAAUAAGGAGCGGCUACAGAGACUACUGACACGCUACCAGGAGAUGCCAGAACCAAAAUUCAUGUACGGCAGUCACUACUCCUCCCCGGGUUAUGUGCUGUUUUAUCUCGUUAGGAUUGCACCAGAGCAUAUGCUGUGCCUACAGAAUGGAAGAUUUGAUAAUGCAGAUAGAAUGUUCAACAGUAUUGCAGAAACUUGGAAAAACUGUUUGGAUGGUGCCACAGAUUUUAAAGAGUUGAUUCCAGAAUUUUAUGGUGAUGAUGUCAGCUUCUUAGUCAACAGCCUGAAACUGGACUUGGGGAAGAGACAAGGAGGGCAGCCGGUGGAUGACGUGGAACUUCCGCCCUGGGCACAGAGCCCCCAGGACUUCCUUCAGAAGAGCAGAGAGGCACUGGAAAGCACCUACGUGUCAGAGCACCUUCAUGAGUGGAUUGACCUCGUAUUUGGCUACAAGCAAAAAGGAAGUGAGGCUGUUGGGGCAUAUAAUGUAUUUCAUCCCCUGACCUAUGAAGGAGGUGUGGACCUGAACAGCAUUGAAGACCCUGAUGAGAAAGUGGCCAUGCUAACCCAAAUCUUGGAAUUUGGGCAGACACCGAAACAGCUCUUUGUGACACCACAUCCUCGGAGGAUCACUCCCAAGCUUAAAAGUUUGUCCCAAACCUCCAGUUAUAAUGCUUCCGCAGCAGAUUCUCCAGUCUCUCCAGGCGAAGAGUCCUUUGAAGACCUGACUGAGGAAAGCAAAACACUGGCCUGGAAUAACAUCGCAAAACUGCAGUUACACGAGCAAUAUAAAAUCCACAAAGAGGCGGUUACCGGAAUAGCGGUCUCUUGCAAUGGAUCAUCCGUCUUCACCACCUCACAAGAUUCCACCCUGAAGAUGUUUUCUAAAGAAUCCAAAACGCUACAGAGAAGUAUAUCAUUUUCAAAUAUGGCCCUAUCAUCUUGUUUACUUUUACCAGGAGACGCCACUGUCAUAAGUUCUUCAUGGGACAAUAACAUUUAUUUUUAUUCCAUAGCAUUCGGAAGAUGCCAAGACACAUUAAUGGGACAUGACGAUGCUGUCAGUGAGAUCUGUUGGCAUGACAACAGGCUGUACUCUGCAUCGUGGGAUUCUACAGUGAAGGUGUGGUCUGGUAUUUCUGCAGAAAUGACAGGCACCAGAAGACACCAGUUUGACGUGAUGGCCGAGCUGGAACAUGAUGUCAGUGUGGACACAAUCAGUUUAAAUGCUGCAAGCACACUGUUGGUUUCAGGCACCAGAGAAGGCACGGUGACUAUCUGGGACCUCACGACCGCCACGGUGCUGCACCAGAUUCCGUGCCACUCAGGGAUUGUGUGUGACACUGCUUUUAGCCCAGACAGUCGCCAUGUCCUCAGCACAGGAGAAGAUGGCGGUCUGAAUGUAAUAGAUGUGCAGACAGGGAUGCUCAUCUCCUCUAUGACUUCAGAUGAGCCUCAGAGGUGCUUUAUCUGGGAUGGAAAUACUGUUUUAUCUGGAAGUCAGUCUGGUGAACUGCUUGUUUGGGACCUUCUUGGAGGAAAAAUCAGUGAGAAAAUCCAGGGCCAUAAAGGUGCUGUGACGUGUAUGUGGAUGAACGAACAGUGUAGCAGCAUCAUCACAGGAGGGAAAGACAGACAAAUUAUGUUCUGGAAAUUGCAGUAUUAAGUGCCUUUUCUUCUCCUGAAUAUUAAAUUGAACUCUAUUUAAUGUAUUUUUAAACCAAACUUUUAAAUGAACUGGUGAAUGUGCAAUGAUAAUUAUUGGAAGUGUUACCACAUAAGGAAUUUGUGGCUUUAAACUUUCUAAAUCAUGGUAACUUCAUCGAGAACUCUUAGUUGCCAUCUUCUGAGGCAGUUACAUCUGCAAGGCAGAUGGUCAUCCCAGUGUGCUGAUGGUCAGAAGACAGGUUUGAGUGGCAGAUAGUACCUGGGAGAUCGAAACUGACCUGGGGAAACUUUCAGAAAGCACUUAACAAUAGGGAAUUUUUCCAAGAAAACGUGCAGUAUACAAUACUAUUCUGAGUCACUCGAUUUUGUCUUCAUGAUCUACACAAUUGCUGCCAUUGACUUUUGGGGUAUUUCUGUUUUCAUGGAGUGGUUAUUUUCUAAACCUACUUUCCCCAGAUUCUAAGAACCCGGGGAAGGAUUAGGAGUUCUUAUAACAGUUACUGUAUAUAGGAAUGGUUUAUUUCAUUGCAGCGAUUAAAUGUUCAUCUUUUCUAAACAUUAAAAAUAUUUUUCUGUAAUUAA